GCCUAGAAUCACAAACUUUGAAAAUCUUUUUUUUCUCUGUUGAAAAUCCUUGUAGUUAAUCAAAUUAGGUGAAAAAAAUAUCUGACAACUUUUGACCAGCUGCCACUCCCUUAAUGCAAUUUUCUUUCUUUAUUAAUUAAUGGUUCAUAAAAUUAUAUAGUACGAAAUAUUCGUGCCAUAUGAUAUGGUGUUAUUAUAUAUCCUCCAAUUCUGAAUUGAAAGUAAGUUGUAGCCAUGGAUUUCUUUCUGAUUGUCCUAACACUCUCUCUUUUCUUCGUCUUUCUUCACAAACUAUUCAGCUCCUCAGGUAAUAGGCAGUGUAGGAAUGUACCAAAAGCAGACGGAGCAUGGCCCGUUAUCGGUCAUCUCCAUCUCCUCAAUGGACCUCAAAUGCCUCACAAAAUUUUCGGUCAUAUGUCUGAUAAAUAUGGACCGAUUUUCCGAGUAAAACUUGGUGUAAAUCAAGUAGUAAUUGUGAGUGAUCACAAAAUAGCCGAGGAAUGCUUCACCACAAAUGACAAGGCCUUUGCAAAUCGGCCGAAAUCCAUAGCUUCAGAGAUCUUAGCAUACAAUUACGCCAUGUUUGGGCUUGGUCCUUAUGGGCCAUAUUGGCGAGAGAUAAGGAAGAUAGUCACAAUUGAGUUCCUUUCAGCUCGGCGAAUUGACAUGUUUAGCCAUGUUAGGGAAUUUGAAGUAAAAUCGGCAGUGAAAGAGACUUAUGAAUACUGGAUGAAGAACAAGAGUAGCAGUUUAAAUGGUGGUGUGAUGAUGGAGAUGAAGGAAUGGUUUGCGAAUUUAAUUAUGAACACUAUGGUGAAGAUCCUAUUUGGAGUACAAUACACAGAUAAUGAAGAUCAAGAAAGAAGUAAGGCUCAUAAAGUAAUUAGAAGAUUUUUUGAAUUACUGGGUGUGCCUGUUGUGGCUGAUUUUUUACCUUAUCUAAGAUGGUUGGAUAUUGGUGGCCAUGAGAGGGCCAUGAAAGAGACUGCUAAAGACAUAGAUAUUAUGCUUGAAGAUUGGUUAGCAGAACACAGAAGAAAGAAGAAACCAAGGGAAAAUAAAAGUCUGUAUGAAGAAGAUUUCAUGGAUGUCAUGUUAUCCAUUUGUGAAGACAAAGAUCUUCCUGGUCAUUUUGAUGCUGAUACCAUUAUCAAAGCUACUUGUAUGGUUAUGCUGUCUGCAGGUGUAGACACCACCCUUGUAACUCUAACAUGGACUUUAUCUUUACUCCUAAACAACGACCAAUCACUAAAAAGGGCCCAAGAUGAGCUAGAUACUCAUGUUGGCAAAAAUAGACGGGUUCAAGAAUCGGACAUCAAGAACUUGGUUUAUCUUCAGGCCAUUGUUAAGGAAUCGUUACGUUUAUAUUCACCCGGACCACUCUUGUUACCCCACGAGUCCAUUGAGGAUUGUGUUGUUAGUGGUUACGACAUACCAAAAGGGACUCGCUUAUUAGUGAACAUAUGGAAGUUUCAUCGCGAUCCAAAAAUAUGGCCAAAUCCUCACUAUUUUAAGCCUGAGAGGUUCUUAACAACUCACAAAGAUGUCGAUAUAAGGGGCAAUCACUUUGAAUUAAUUCCAUUUGGAAGCGGAAGAAGAAUAUGCCCUGGAAUUUCUUUGGCCCUUCAAGUUGUGCACUAUGUGUUAGCUGUGUUGCUACAAGGGUUUGAAAUUAAGAGACCUUCAGAUGAACCAAUUGACAUGAGUGAGAGCUUUGGAUUGACAAUUCUUAAAGCCUCUCCACUCGAAGUUCACCUUACUCCACGCUUGAAUUCUAAUCUUUACUAAUGAUAUACAAUUUCCUCCGUAGAUUCCACAAGAAGAUUCAAGUGUUACUUUGUCUUUUCAUUCUCGAAUGUUUCCAAUUGCCAACCGAUGGAUUUCGCUUGAGUAAUUUUGUAGGAGAUAUGAACAUAUUUGGAUGCAUAUAUUGUUAAAAUAAAGAGAAAAAAAAUUAUUGAAUAAUAUUAAUGCAUGUCUUGGAUUACCAUCCAAGCAAUUACUCGAUGAAA